AUGGCACCACCAACCACUGCAAAUGACAACCACAAGCAAGCGGACGCUUUCAUCGCCUACGCGCACGAACUCCAUAACAGACUACGAGAUCGGAAAUCCGAGAAUCAGAUUCGCCAGCUGAGGGCAGAAUUAGAAAGUCAGAUACGCGCCGCCAAGUCGUACAGCCUGCGCAAAAGCCGGCGGUACGAGCCACUCGAUGCAGCGGGUACCGACCUUUGGAAUCUGUGCACGCGCCUGAACCGUGAACAGGACGGCGAUUCUACCACUUCGCUUCGGCAGACGCUGACACUGGGUCGGGUCUUCGCAUUUUCUCUCGUCUCCCUUGCCCACGGUUCGAACAACGCCUCCGUGCCCGAAUUGAUCCGCCUCACAAGAAUAUCUCUCAAGGCAGGAAGGUCAUGCAUAGGCAAGCUGCCAACUUCUGGAGAUGGUGAGCUGGAAUGCGCACUGCUGACGCUGCAGAAGGCCGCGGACUACAACGGACUCCUGCAGGGCCAGCGGCAUGGAAUGCCAGAUGAUGAGGUCGUUGCCUGCAAGAGGCUCGAAGUAGAAUACUUCAUCUUGCGUACCGCACUAUCAUGGAAAGAGGGCCGCCUCGAUGUUGCCGAACAUAUGUACGGCAAAUCUGAAACCCUGAGAGAUGAUUUGGACCCCACAACGGCGGAGAAGCUGACAGACACUCUAUUUGAGAUCGGCCGUGAUUUUCUAGGAAAGAAUGAUUCUCCGAUGGCUACCAAGUGGCUUGAAAGAGCGUACGAAGUAAUCGGCAGCCAGGAGCUUGAGAAACUCUCCCGAGAGGCGACCGAGCUUCGUCUUGCUGUUUGUCAAGCGCUAGUGCAGGCUCUCCUUCAGUUGGGCACAUCUGAAAGCUAUCACAGGGCCGAAAACAUUGUCUCUUAUAUCGAGUCUGAGUUGGGUGACAAGGUUCUUGUGCUGCUUCUUCGCCUAGAGAUCCUCCUGAAAGUGCCAGGGGAGGUUUUUGAAAGCGACGCAUAUGCCAAGGUUCUUCGUCGCCUAUAUAGAGCCGCCAGCCUCUCGGACUCCAUGUUCAAGCUUGUGGUUAGCCAUAUAAGGAAACUUGACGACAAGAGUCCGACCCUGGCGUGCCAAGUACUCGACGAUUUCAUUGCCAGUCAUGUCAUUCCCAGCCAGCGAGAUGAUUGGCUGGGACGUACGGUGCUCAUCCGAGUCCACAUGUCAACCAACCAAAGGGAAUCGAUCGAGACUACAGAAGGUCUCCAGAAACUUUUGGAUCAAGUCGACCUGGGUACUGAACAGCCUUUGGCUGCCGAUACAUCGAUCACUAUCCUCACUCUCAUUUGGAAGAAGCUAGACUCAAACUUCAGGCAAGGGCAGCUAGAAGUGUGCGAAAAGUUACUUCUUUGCGCCCUACAACGGAACGAUGUAGACGGCGCCAAGAACAUAUUUCAAACAAUGUCGGAAGAUGUUCAGACUCAACAAAUGACCCUAUAUCUGGGCUACAAGCUGGCCAUUAGGAGCGGCGAUCAGGAUAUGGCGUCGCGAUGCAUUGACCUCGUCAGCAGCGCAGCUUCUAAUGACCCCAAGUUCCUGUAUGCGUGCUGUGUGGAUGCUCAGGAAAGCGGAAAUGAACUUUGCCUCUUGAAAGCUCUGAAAGAACUUGCCAACAAGAAUGAAAUCAUCAAACCUGACGUUCAUUUCCCAGCUUUGAUAAGAGUCACUAUUCGACUUCAAAUCUCCAUCCUCGCUAAGGAAGACCUGCCCAGCAUCGAUUCCGACAUAAUUAUCAACGACUUGUGUGAAACAUUUGAAGGAGUUCUUGGGGUACUUCAACGAGACCCGCGGGCUGGAGACGGUUCCAAGUUAUUCUCAGUUACGGAACUAAAUUGGUUCUGCAAAAAUGCGUAUAAUCUGGGCAUCAGCCAUGCAAACGACUGGGGCCUUCAAUACGUGAUACGUAUGUUCGAGGUCUGCCUCUUGAUCAUAGAACACUACCCGAAGGACCUCCCCGGCCAAGAGAUGGGCGACAUCACAUUGAGGGGAUUGUUUUGCAAUUUCAUGGUCGCGGUAGCGUAUGCUGCCUUGGCUCGAGCUCAGGAUCAGAUUGAAGUACAGCUGCAAAACUACGUUAACAUGCGCAAACGUAUUCGAGGUUUUGACAUCAAGUUGGAAGCGCACCUGGCUCAUCUGGAUAACGAGAGUAAGGAGGAUCUUCAGGCAAAACUGGGGAUGCUGCUAGUUUUCGACUUCGAAGCUGCCAUAUCCCUAAAGGCUUGGGAUGAUCUCGUAGUCAUUACUCGGAAGGCACAGACUUGCAAAUCUUUGAGGAGUCUUCAGGCGAUGGCCGACUACCUUCUCAGAGCCGAAAAGCCGCCGAUGCAGACUCUCUACUCAGCAUUGCGCACCAUUAUCAACGAGAUUUGGAAGCUUGAGGGAUUUGACAUCAACAAACUUGCAAAAUACCUGCGGUGCCUCACGCAAGCCACGCUCCCGGACAAAGAUCUUUCUCUGGGGUUGAUAAAAGAGACUUGCGACUACGUCAAGAGGGCGGAAAACACAGAAAAGCCGUUUCCAAAGUUGGAACUGGAGUGGUUCGCGACGACUGCGUUCAACCAAGGUGUCGACUACUAUGAAGCACAGGAAGACGAAUUAAGCAAGAAAUGGAUCAGCCAGGCCUUCACUCUAGCCCACUAUCAUCGAGAUGGUGGCUUUUUAGAGAAGGCGUUGCAGGAACAUCAUACCCGUCUGAAGUGGGAUUAG